AUGUCCGCCGUCAAGGGAAACACCGCUCUCGCUCUCAACCGUGUAUGGCAUCACUCCUCGGCUCAGAACAGAGUCCUGGGUAACUAUGCCAGCAGAAUAGCCUGGGUCCUCAUGGGCAAGCACAAGCCCACCUAUGAUCCUGCAGUGGACGCCGGAGACUAUGUCGUUGUGGAAAAUGCGCUUGGAGUCAGACUUACCGGCAAAAAGUCAAUGGACAAGGUGUACCACUCGCACACAGGAUGGAUGGGAGGAAAGAAGGAGGUGCCCAUUUCGAGAUUACGUGAAAGGCGUCCAGAAGAGAUCAUUCGCAAAGCCGUCUCUGGUAUGCUUCCCAAGAACACUUUCCGCGACCGACGACUUGAUCGUUUAAAGAUCUUUCCCGGUGCCGCCCCCGAACACUACACCAAAAACGCCCUCACGACAUGGAGAGACUUGAGCGCAAAGACUGGGGCAGCGGAGAGCUCGUCACAAGUUUCGGCUUGA